AUGAUGCGCGGCAUGCUUGUGGCACUGCUGUGUGGAUGGGCGCUGGCAGAUGUUCUUGAAAGAGAUGAGUCGUGCGAGCCGCUGGAGGACCCGUCAGUCUUGAUGCAGUUGGGUGUGAAAAAUGGCUUUGUCGCGUGGAUGAAGAGCAUCAGUGGAGACGUCACCGACACGUGCGAUUUCGAUGGGGUCAACCCCUUCGGAAUCCAAGAGCGCGGUAUACCUGGAGCUAUUGAAUACGUUUGCCAAGGCUACCAGGGUUGCCCUUGUUUUUCGCCCUCUCAAAAGGAUGAUGCAGACUGCUUCUUGGACGCCUCCACCUCAAACCCAAAAGCAUGCGAUUUCGACAGCAGCAAGACCUCGUGCAGAUUUAUCCCGACUGCAAGUAUGCUUGAGCUUUGCUUCACGCCGCCACCCAACACACGGAUCCUUGGAGCCUGUGCGCGAGGCGCCCCUGCCCUCGACACACAAUGUUGGUUCCAGAGUUGCACGCCUUCAGGGGAUCCAUUGGCGCCAACCUGCGAAGAUGUCGACACAUGCUACCAAGAUGGCAACCCUGCAACAGAGUGGUGCAUCGUGCCACCGGUGGAACCGGGCGGCGGGCAAUUUAUAAAUGGCUACAACGUGUUGCUUGAGUGCUGUGGCACAGCCACCACGUCACCCACGACCUCACCGACCACGUCCCCCACGACCUCACCGUCCACGUCGCCCACGACCUCACCGUCCACGUCGCCCACGACCUCACCAACCACGUCACCAACGACCUCACCAACCACGUCUCCAACAACCUCACCGACCACGUCACCAACGACCUCACCGACCACGUCACCAACGACCUCACCGACCACGUCACCGACCACGUCACCGACCACGUCACCAACGACCUCGCCGACCACGUCACCCACGACCUCACCGACCACGUCACCCACGACCUCGCCAACCACUUCACCAACGACCUCGCCGACUACGUUACCCACAACUACGUCGCCCACUACUUCGACAGAGCCAGACAUCACGACGACAACGGCGCCGGGCACAACUACGAAGAAGCUAUACAACUACAGGUACAACCGCCGCAACCGCCGUCAGCAUCGGCGCUAUGAUCGUCAACAUCGGCGGAAGUACAAGUACAACUCGCUUUAG